AGGCCCGAGCUCCCGGGUGCGGGGCUGGUCGACUCCGAAGCCGUAGGAAAUACCAUUGUUUGUGUAUAGUCAGAGAUCAGAAAAUAAGUGUUAAUCAUGGCUGAGCUGUCGCCUGAUGAAAUUCAACUGAGAGCCCAUCAAGUUACCGAUGAGUCUUUGGAAAGCACAAGGAGAAUACUUGGCAUGGCCAUUGAGUCCCAAGAUACAGGAAUCAAAACCCUCACCAUGCUAGAUGAACAAGGGGAACAGUUAACCCGUAUAGAAGAAGGAAUGGACCAGAUAAACAAAGACAUGAAAGAAGCUGAGAAGAACUUGACAGAGCUCAACAAGUGUUGUGGUCUCUGUGUCUGUCCUUGCAAUAGAACAAAGAACUUUGAGACUAGCAGAGCUUACAAGACAACUUGGGGUGAUGGUAUAGAGAAUGAUCAUGUAGUGUCUAAACAACCAGGGCGUGUUACAAACAAUCUGCAACAGAAUUCGGGAGGAACAACAACUGGAGGCUACAUAAAACGGGUAAUAAAUGAUGCCAGAGAAGAUGAAAUGGAGGAAAACCUAACUCAAGUUGGAAACAUAUUGGGGAACCUGAAAAAUAUGGCCGUGGAGAUGGGCAACACAAUUGAUACACAAAACCAGCAGAUAGAUCAGAUAAACAUUAAGGCUGAAACCAACAAAGAACGUAUUGAGCAAGCCAAUGUAAGAGCCAAAAAACUCAUUGAAAACUAGCAGCCUUCUUCCAAUUCUUUAUCCAACUGAAGACGUCCAUUUUAGUCUACAAACCUCAAUUUCCAAAGAAGAAAGAUGGCAGGAUUCAGAAGAGGGAACAAAGCAGGACAUGCAUCAUAUGGCUUCUUUUGUUGCUUGUAUACAGACUUAGUUUGAGAAUCCAGGAAAAUAGCACAACAGAGACUUGGCUUUCUUACUCUUUUUAAUAUAUCCUCAGGGUUUCGUUUUCUGGCUUCAAAUAUUUCCAUGGUACCUUCUCCCCCUUUUACAGUAGGAUAGUAGAGUGAGGCAACUGAGCAAAGGCAUUAUGCAUUCAGUGAAUGUCAUUACCUCACUCAAUAUUUCAUGUCAUCACUAAAAUGGUGGAUGAGUAAUUUUCAUGAACUUUGUCUUUAAGCUGACCUUAGUUUACCAAACACCUAGAUUUCAUGGUCAAACCAUACAUGAUGGGGUGGGGUGGGGGUGCAUUUUAUAUUCUUAUAAUUGGAAUAUUUGGUUCAGCAACUACUACUUUUGAGAAUGGGGCUUUAAAACACAUCAUUGUUGACAUUCAAGAUAUAGGAGAGAAGUACAUUUUCUGAGCCAUAGCAAUUCUUAUUUGGAUACCAAGGGGAUGAGUAGUCCAGCUACACAAAAAAAAAACCCUAGUUGGACAUGGGACUCUCACAAAACUUUUAGGAGUUUAUCCCCCAUUUUAUUUCGGAGACUGGGUGUUUGCCACCAACCCUACUAGUUAUUGCUCUACUCAGAGAUCCUUUAUGGUGGCCAGAAGGACGUAGGGGAGGUGAAAGUGUUUACACAGCACCUAAUGAUCAACUCAGGAUUCCAAGCGAAACACUUCCAGGUGAAGAGCUCUGUUGCAAAUUAUUGUAUGAGUUGUCAGAAAACAUCUUUUCCUUUUCCUUUUUUUGAGAAAUGCUGCAUAUUCUUUGGACGCUGGUGCUGCUGCAAAGAGAUUUUGAUCUGCAAAAUGUUCCAUCAAAACGCAACGUUUGGAAAGUUAUGCAGAGCUUAAGGUUGAGUGAAAACUAUUUUGUAAUGCUGUUUCCUAAAUAAAUUCAUCCUUCCCUACACAAACUAUGAAUCUAGUUGUGUACCAAAAAGCCGACAUCUGGAUAGCAGCAUCUUGAGAUAUUUAUUCAGAGCAAAACACUUACAGGAUUUCUAGAAAUACAUCCAAAGCAGGGCACAAUCUAGUUGUUACAGUGAGUUCGCAUCCGCUGUGGCUUGAUAAAACUCAGUUCUUUAAAUUGUUUUUAAUUGACUACAGUUGUGUGCUCACCUGGUUUUCUUCAGCAACUCAUUACAAAAUAAGAGUUGUGUCAUCUUUUAGUUGGAACCAUAUGCGUGUUCAAGCUUCAAACCUGUACUGAAAUAUGUUAAAGACUGAAGUCAGUAUUGAAACAUACAGGUAGCUUUGUUUGAUCUUUCUUAUCAUGAGACUGAACUUGUGUUUAUUUUACAAACUUUAAAGCUGUGGCUUGGCUGUAGGUUAUGCCUGCUCUACAAAUUGUGAUCCCUCAAGCUUGAAUGUACACCAUCAACUAUGUGUUGUGCCUUGCUAGGCCCUUGUGAACUAAGCUUUUUGUGUAAGCCUGAAGCAGGUAGCAAAGCUUGGAGCCCAUGAGGAACUGCCAUUCAUGACUUCUAGACUACAUUCAAUUUGAUGGGAUGCAAGUUGUGCAGGCCUUCUGUAGUGAGUGCUUAGCAUAUAACCUUCAGUUCAUUUCUGUUUCAGGAUGAAGGUGCUUGAUUUAGCUUUCUUAUAGGACUGGUUCAAUGAAAAAUGUUACAGUUCCAAGGAUUCUCAAGAACGUUUUAGUUCACUUUUCUAAUUAAGAGAUCACCAAACCGCAUUGGAAUCAUUUUUUUUUUCUAAAGAGAAAUGGACUUAGUGCUUUGUGCUGUUGUAUAUGUUUACGCUGAAUAUUUUUUUAUCAUAUGUAAAAAUUAUAAAUUGAUCAUAAUUUGAGGGUGGAGCGGUUCCCAACCCUUCCAUAGAAGAAGAAAAAUAGUUCAUGUAGACAGUUUCUGAGUGCUUUUUCUUUCUAAAAAGACUGCCCAGUAAAUAGCAGUGCCUUUUGGUGGUUGCUGCAGUAGUCUUUUAAGUCUUGCCAGUCAAGAGCUUAAAACAAAUUGGCUCAUUGUAUUGUCACUUCCCAUAGAUGACAAGAGGAUACCUCAUUUUUCUACCACUCUGCAUAUCAAUUCCAACUGAGCCAUAAUUUUUAUU